GCAAUGAUUAAAGGAGUUGUGGAAGUAGAAGAAAAGAUUAAUCGUCUGACGCAAAUAAAGCAGCAAGAUGAAUCCGUAUUGAUAUAUACUUACCGUUAUGAAAUGGAAGUUGCGCCGAUAAGACAUGCGAUUCGUGAUUAUGAAGAGAUGUUCUGGUUUAUAUUUGGAUUAAAGGAAUCAUACCGAUGGGAGGUUGAAAUGAUGUGUCCAAUGACAUAUGAAGAAGCAAAGAAUUUCGCAUUGAUAGUUGAAGCCGGAGAUGAUCAAGAAAACGUACGAGAGAAUGAAGAAGUAAAAUUAGGCGUUAGUGAGUUAGAAGAC